UUUGUGGAGCUAUGUGGGAGUGGUCGUGAUUGUGGUUUGUGAUAUUUACAUCGAGUAAGUGAAAAAUUUUAAUGGCGUACUGCAUCUCAGGGUUUAGAAGUUUAAUAUCUUAAGUUCACAGGCGAAGUGACUCGUUUCGGAUGUGUUAAGUUUACUGGUGCGAUAAGCUGCCUGCUAGAUGCUGAUGAACUACCAGUGAUAUCUCUUUUUGAAAAAUGAGCCUCAAUUUCUCAAAACUUUUUUCUUCAAAGAAACGUCAGGACAUUCAACAAGUGCCAUCACAGAUAGGAUUACCAACAAACGUGAAGCAUGAUUAUCAUGUGACACGUAAUGCGCAUACUGGAGAAUUAGAGGGUUUACCAGAGUCUUGGAUUAGGCUUCUGAAUGCACAGAUAACCAAAGAAGAACAAGAUGUUAAUCCCAGAGCUGCAGUACAGGCAUUAAAAUACUACAAUUAUUCAAUAAAAAAGAAGCCAACAGAACCAUUCAAACCACUUAUCACAGCAGAGCAGAUAGAAGAGGAAUCGGCAGAAAUAGAAAAUAUCUUAGGGCCUAAAGUGUUAGCAGGAAGAAAUAUCCCCACAUGGGGUGAAGAUGAGUCCCCUCAAGUGAAACAAAAGCUAGCACCUCCAGUUCCACCAGCAAAACCUUCAGGAUACAAAGCAGGAGGAAAAGUGAACCAGGAAGCACUGGUUAACCAUGUACAACAAGCAUUAGAUGAAGCUCUAAAUUUGGCAGUAGUUGAUGGAGAUACUACAGGCCUGAAAAAGCAUGAGGAAGAGGAAAUAUGUGGCAGUCCAUUGCUGAGGAAAAAAGAAAGAAGCACAGAGAAGUUGACAGAUGACCAAAUAUAUGAAGAAUUGAGAAGACUAUGUCACCCUGGUGAUCCAUGUAGAAGAUUUGAUCGAAGCAAGGAACUAGGAGCAGGUGCUUCUGGUACUGUUUUCAUUGCCUACGAUACAGAAACAAAGAAGAAAAUUGCAGUCAAAGACAUUGAUUUAUCAAAACAACCCAGAAAAGAACUUAUUCUGAAUGAAAUCAAAGUUAUGAAAGAGUUUAAUCAUGAAAAUCUCGUUAAUUUUCUAGAUGCAUAUCUUGUUAGGAAUGAUCAUUUGUGGGUGAUCAUGGAGUUACUUGAUGGUGGUCCUCUUACUGAUGUAGUAACAGAGACUGUUAUGAAAGAAGGUCAGAUAGCAGCCGUUUGCAGGGAAGUUCUUAAGGCUGUAAGCUUUCUUCAUGGGAAGGGCAUCAUCCAUCGAGAUAUUAAAUCUGACAACGUUCUUCUAGGAAUGAAUGGUGCAGUAAAAGUCACAGAUUUUGGUUUCUGUGCCAACAUUGUUGGAGAUGAAAAGAGACAGACAUUGGUUGGUACACCAUACUGGAUGGCACCAGAAGUUGUGACGAGAAAGCAGUAUGGUAAGAAAGUUGAUAUAUGGUCUCUUGGUAUUAUGGCUAUUGAAAUGAUUGAAGGAGAGCCACCCUAUUUAAAAGAAACCCCACUUAGAGCAUUGUAUCUGAUAGCAGCGAAUGGAAGGCCAGCUAUACCUCGUUGGGAGAAAUUAUCUCCAGAAUUCAAGGAUUUCUUAGACUGCUGCCUACAAGUAGACGUUGACAAACGUGCCACAGCUGAUGAGCUUCUGAGACAUCCAUUCUUGAGAAACUGCAUGGAACUUACUACAUUAACUCCUCUGAUAAAGGCUGCACAGAAAAUACUAGGAAAAGGCGCAGGCAUCGACUUACUGCACAAAUGAAGAAUGUCCAAUUCCUGAUAUUACAUUCGUCCUCUGCUCAAUGUAAGAUAAACUGCAAUAAUACAAUAAACAGAUCCUUUCAACUGAAUGUUAUCACAAAGUACAACUGUUUUAACCUGAUGUUUGGUAACAGGUGACAUUAUCAUUUAAUGUUGAGAUUUUUUUAAAUCCAGCUUGAAAUGACUUUUAUGUUAACUGAUGUUUUAUUGUUCAUGUAAAUUCCUACAGUUAAUCACAGUUUGUAACAGUAGUGCAUAAGUAUAAUAUAGUUCAUCAUUGCUUUCAGUUCAUUGACUGAGUAAACCGACAGUGGAGUAAAGGAAGAAUUUCUCCACACUAUUGUGUGCUAUUUUGUCUUAGAAAAGUGGUGAAUUGAGAAUCAGUAUCAGUUAGUCACAACUGAAAAUAGAUUGAAGUUGUAAUGGGAUAACUGAAUUUGUGACUGUUCUUAUAUAUCUUUGUUCAUAGCAUUAUAACAGAAACUGGAACAAGUAAUGUGUUUUAGAACUUUCCCCAGUCACCAUGUUUUUACAUCCAUUACAUUCAGUGAGAAAGUUGCACUUCAGUAUUUUGUGUAAGCCAUUUUCAACAUAACUGGCUCAGUAUGUUGUAUAUCUUAAACUUAUAUAUAUAUAUAUAUAAUUUGACUUGUUUUUUUAUAUAUGUAUUUAUAGCUGAAAGAUCUCUUGGUUGGACGAGAAAGUGUAUCUGAAAUGAGAUUGAUAACCAUCAUUACCUUCAAUUCAUGUAACUGCUAUGGACCAGAAUUAAAUUUUAACUUACUUGUAGAUAUUGAUUGGUAUCCGUUUGAACCUCAGUGGUAGUUAAUGUGUCAGCAUCUUUGACUGAUGAGAUCCUUGCCCUGUCACAACAGCCAACUAUUCAUAGGAGGAAACAACAUAUCAAAUCAGUAUAUACAUAAUGAGGAAAAACUUUUACAAACUUCAACUGUUACUGAGCACAGCCAUGUGCUAGUUUCCUUCACUAGGCGUCAAGAGCAUAUGACUUAAAACGAUGACUGAAAUUAGUGCUCGAACUAUUCACUGUUAACAUUCUCACUGUAUGCUUUUAGUAAGAAACUAUUUAAUUACAAUACUGAUUUGAAAAAAAUUAAAAUUACACUAUAAUUGUUUGUAAGAGAGACUAUAGUGUGUCUUAAGUUAUUGGUAAAGCUUUUGGAACAACACAAUGUAAUAGAAUUGUGGCAUUGAGUAGUGUCUUGCUGUGACAUCACAUUACAGUGUGCAAAUUUUUAUGCAUGUAACAAAUAUAAGAAAUCUUAUUUUUCUAUAUUAUUUCCAGUCAGGAAUAAAUAUUAAAACAUGUGUAAUGUAUUAAAACAUAACUCGAAGUCAGUCAUGUUUCUAAUUCAGUUAACAUGAUUUGAAGUAUUUGCAAUUUUAUGUGAUAAAGUGCAUUGCAGGAUGAUGAAAUAAUACAGAUUCUCAGUCAUGUUAUAAUGAAAUGGUAACUGAUUAAUAAUUUACAGUAGCCAGACUAAAAAUUUGUGAGAAUUUUAACUGUUGCACUGAGUCUACUUUAACCACAAUAUAUGGCAACAGAAUUUCUUGUAAUUCUUCCUGUUGAGUGUGUUGCCUGGAAGGGAGGUAUGGUGGUUCAGAAUUUGUAUUCUCUGCACUUUUCAUUCUCUUUGGCACUCCUUGAGUCAACUAUUAUGAUGGUACUUUUGUCUUGUUCUCACAGAUUUGUACAUAAUAUUCAAUAACAAAGAAACCAUAACUUCAUUUUAGUAUUUAUAAGGAUUUUUCAAAUAGUAAAGUUGUUUUGAUAAGCUAGUGAAGGGCAAGUGUUUCAUGAGGAUUUGUGUUUAUUUGCAAUAUACACCACUGAGUAAACACUUACAGUUUCAGUAUAGAGUAUUGCAGUGCUGUACUUAAAAAUAUAUUUUAAAUAUAUUCCAUAUGAUGGGACCAAUAUUGUUAUAAAUUAAACUGUAAAUAUAGAUGAAAUCUACUCCCCCCUCCUCCAAAUACUUUUUUAAACUAUGGCAUGGCUGUGAUUUUAAACCUAGAAAAAAAUGCACAUCAGUUUAAGACUGCUUGGUAGGGCUCAAAUCAAAAUUGCUGUGCAUUAAAAAUAAAUCACUAAAGCAUACAUUGAUAAUUUGCAGAUUGACAAUGAGAGAUUGCUUCUUUUGGUCAUCAGGUUUGCGAUUAGCUCAUUAAAUACAAAAAGAACGAAAACCACUGGAGAAACUGAGGCAGUUUAAAAAUUUGUUAGCAGAGCUAGUUUGUUACACUCCGAUUACAAUAACUUUGUGACUGCUGUUUCAAUGAGUUGAGUGUUUGGGCCAGCUAUCAGCCAAUCACAGAUCUUUCUUGGGCUCUUCAUGCUCACUGUGUUGCUUGUUUAAUAAGUAAGUGCAGAAAGUAGCCAGCACGGCCGGUUUCAUGGGGAGGUAUGGGAACAGUACGGGGCAUGCACCAUACAAGCUAGCAACACUGCUUCCCACCAUUGACGUGUUAGUCACAAAGUUAUUUUAUUUGAAUAAUAAGAACUUAAUUUUUGAAUUCAGUAAUGGUCUUAACGACUACCAGAUAGAAAUAGUUAACGUGUUAAUCAUCCUGCAUGUGCCCUUGUGGAAAGUUGUGCUACUACUGUAGGUAAUCCCUGGUAUAAGUCCCAUUUUCCAUUGUGUCAUGCAUAUUUCACAAAUGCAAGAGGAAAAAUGAAUUGAUAUAAAUCUUAACCAAUUCAGAGACAAGUGACUUGUCUAAUCUCGGUGCAAAAUUAUUACAGAUUGAUCAGGAAACAGUUUGUACAAGAAAAGAGAGAAUAGUGUAGGUGGAUGUUGCAUACAUUUAUGUUAAAAAUGUGUUUUAUAUUACCAGCAGAAAGUGGCUAAGAAGACACUGAUCAGGUGUAGUAGUAACUUGUGGAGGGCCAAUUUAAAUUCUUACUUGUAAUUGACGGAAAAAAGACUCCUGUGUCACGUCUGUUGCCAUUUCCUUUAUUUUCUACUUUUUGUCUCAGUAUGUUCCCAAAUUAGCAUUUAUUACUCUAUCAGCCAGAAAGGUUCAGCUUUCUGUUGUCAGCCCAGUCCACUGCUGUACUUUGCUGAUAACAAGACUGAUACAGUUGCAUAGUAAAGUUUUCAUCAUUCCUACUAUAAAUCUGAGUAGAUAAUGACUCACCAAUAAUUGAAGCUUUUAUCCAUGUCCCCAGGCUGUCAUUUCUCCUUCAAAUAGAUUCUGGUCCUGAAUUGUUAAAAAUGCUUUUAUUCUGCCAUGUAUCUGUUUUUUUCUAGAUGCCAGAAAAAUGAAGCUCCCUGCUCUGUUAGAGAUUUCAAACUUCAAAAAUUUGCAUCUUAUUUCAUGCUACUUAUUGUACUUUAAAAAGAAAACUAGAGACUGCAAAUGAAAUGAAAUUUUUGAAGGCUUUAUUACUUUUAUACAGGUAUUUUGUGCUCUUUAAGUAAGAGCAGUACAAACAUUGUGUGGAUAAAAUUACUAGAAAUUAGAUUUUUGAGUGCUAAUUGCUGUUGAUAGGUGGUUCUUAUGGAAGUUAAUAUUAUGUUUGGUUUCUGUUAAUACUGAAAGAGGAAUUUGUUUCAGAUUGAAUCAUCAUUGUUCAGUGAAUUAAUUUUGGCAGUGAACCUUUGAGCUGUAUUUAGGGAUGCAUUGUUACUUAACAUUUUGAAUCAUUGUUACUGUUUAUUGAUUCUCACUGCCCUUUACUGAUCAUUAACUGACUAUUGCAAUGCAGCAGUUAGCAUUUUUAUGAUAAGUCUUGAAUUGCCAUUUCUUACAAGAAGUUGUUCUACUCUACUGUACUUUCAUCAGCCUACAGAAUGUAACACUCUACUGUGCAGAUUGUAGACAGAUUUAAAGUAAAUAGACAAAUGUUUAUUAUUUGGGCAUUAAUUACACAUCACAUGUAGUGCUUUUGAGUAUCAUGUGUCUCUGCUUUGUUCUGCAGGUUUGCUCAAAUAUUUUGUUGUAUUAAGUUGUUGUUAUGAAAAUAAAAUGAAAUGACCUGGACCGAAAAUAAA